GGUGACUCCGGCGAGUGUGCAGCCCCUGGGGGAGCCGGCGCUCUAGGCUAGGAACCCGUCAGCCCGCCCACCCGCCCGCCCGGCGUCUUUGGCGCCCGCAAGCUCUCCAGCCCGCGCCCAGGGGCCUGCUACACCCGGAGCUGGGGCCGCCGUUCAGGGGCUCUCGGGCCAGGGGCGCCGCUUGGGGUGAGCCGGCCGCACCGCCAGGCUGGUCCACCGUACCCGCGCCCGCGGCCGGGAUGCCGUUCUAUAGGCGCACGGUGGUGCCCCAGCGCCUGUGCCCGCGCAAUCCGCCGCAGCCUCUGGCGGAGCUCCGCGACGUGAGCCACCUGGCCGCGCUCAGCCUGCUCCGGCAGCUCGCUGACCUCUGUGGCCACUCGCUGGCUCUACUCGAGGACCUAGAGGGGCACCUGCUGGCCCUGGGGCACCGCACCGACAGCCUGUACCGCCGCACCGUGCGCCUCCGCCGCCGCCUUCCCUGCCGCCUGCUUGGCCCGGAGGACGACGAGGAAGAGCUAGGUGCUUCCCAUUGGUCAAAUCUAACCCGAAGCCAGAAGGCAAGGGAACCUGUUGAUGCCGUCCGCACAGGUCACAGCAUCAGCCCAGCAGGCAGUGCGGCCCACUCGAUCACCUCCGACAUCAGGCCCAGUCACUCAGUUCCAGAAGGGGUUCAUGGAAGAGUUGCAGUUGGUCAGGACGCUCGGUUCCCAAGUCUUACCGCGCCAGUACUGAGAACUCCUUCCAGUGAGCCAGACGAACCUCACCAGGCACAAAGUGGCCCAAACCCUCCUGGCAUGGAGAGUAUGGGAAUGGUGUACAGUGUCCCCAGUUCUUGCAAUGGACCUACAGAAUCAACCUUCUCCACUUCCUGGAAGGCAGAUGCUUUUACCUACAUGACUCCAAGUGCCACCAGCAAGAGCAAUCAAGUCAAUGAAAGUGGGAAAAAUCCUUCCUGGAAUUCUUGGGUCUCUGUGAACACAGUCCCACCUCUGGUUCCUAAGGAGGCUGCUACUGUCCUUGUCACUCAUGAUAACCCAGCAGGAUGCAGUGGGUCAGCUGGCUACCCUGAGCGCCUUAUUCAGCGAAGGCACAUGCCAGAAAGACCCUCCAAGAUUGGCCUUCUGACCAGUGGGACCUCGAGGCUGGAGACAGGCCCCGGUGGAGCCAGCAGAUUCCGGGAGCGGUCACUGUCUGUGCCCACAGACUCAGGCACCACAGAUGUUGACUAUGAUGAGGAGCAGAAGGCCAGUGAGGCCUGUGCCUUGCCUUUUGCCAGUACGAGCUCUGAGGGCAGUAACAGUGCUGACAACAUCGCCUCCCUUACUGCCCAACAAGAGGCCCAGCACAGAAGGCAGAGGUCCAAGAGUAUCUCACUCAGAAAGGCCAAAAAGAAGCCUUCCCCACCAACACGCAGUGUCUCACUAGUCAAAGAUGAGCCAGGCCUCUUGCCUGAAGCACUAUCCAAGGACCAGAGGCCCAAGAGUCUUUGCCUCUCCUUGGAACACCAAGGACAUCACUCGUCCCACCCAGAUGUUCAGGGUCACCCAGCUGUGCCAAACCUGAAAGAUCCAGAAGGUACACAAUUCUCCCACCACUGGUAUCUUACUGACUGGAAGUCUGGUGACACCUACCAAUCCCUGUCCAGCUCCAGCACUGCCACCGGCACCACAGUCAUUGAGUGCACCCAAGGUCAGGGCAGCUCAGAGUCUCUUGCCUCGCCUUCCACCUCCAGAGCCACUACACCUUCCCAACUCUCCAUCGAAGUGGAAGCUAGGGAGAUAUCCUCCCCAGGAAGGCCCCCGGGACUGAUGUCACCCUCCAGUGGCUAUUCCAGCCAGUCAGAGACACCAACUCCCACUGUUUCCAUGUCCUUGACCAUGGGCCACUUACCCCAUCCAAGCAGCAGUGUCCGAGUACGUCCAGUGGUACCUGAGAGGAAAUCAUCACUACCCCCAACGUCACCAAUGGAGAGAUUUUCCAAGUCACGGCUAUCAUUUGACCUACCACUGACCUCUUCACCCAACCUGGAUCUGUCUGGGAUGAGCAUCUCCGUCCGAAGCAAAACCAAGGUGAGUCGGCAUCACUCAGAGACAAAUUUUGGUGCCAAGCUGGCCCAGAAAACUAGUCCCAACCAGCCAAUCAUGCCCAUGGUUACUCAGUACGACCUACGUUCUGUUCGCCUGAGGUCGGUCAGCAAGUCUGAGCCGGAAGAUGACAUUGAGAGCCCUGACUGUGCUGAAGAAACCAGAGCAGAAGUCUUCACCUUGCCAGAGAGAAAGAUGAAACCUCCUGUAGCUGAGAAGCCUCCAGUGGCCCGAAGGCCUCCAAGCUUGGUCCACAAGCCACCAUCUGUCCCCGAGGAGUACCCACUAACUUCACCAACCUUGGCUAUGCCCCCCAGGAGCUCAAUUCAACAUGUGAGACAACUCCCUCAAGACAGCUACACAGUGGUGCGGAAACCAAAGUCCUCCAGCUUCCCAGAUGGAAGAAGCCCAGGGGAGUCAACAGCACCCACAUCUCUUGUUUUCACACCUUUUGCCAGUUCUUCUGGUGCUUUCUUCUCAGGAACACAGCAGCUUCCCCAGGGAAGUGUGGAGGAUGAGGGCCCCAAGGUGAGGGCCUUGCCUGAAAGAAUUAGCCUCCAGAGCCAGGAAGAAGCUGAGAAAAAGAAAGGCAAGAUUCCACCUCCUGUACCAAAAAAACCCAGCGUGCUGUACCUGCCUCUCACCUCUCCCACAGCUCAAAUGGAGGCCUGUGUGUCAGAACCAAGGCUCUCUCUCAGCCCCAUCAUCACGCUGGAGGAAGAUGUCAAGUGCCCCCCAGCUGGUGAUGACCUGCAAUCACCUGGUCAAAAAGUGACUUCAACUCCGCAGGCUGAGAGUGAAAGGGAGGCAAGCCUUCUGGGUUAG